UAGUACGAGUACUAACACAUUUUCGAAGACUGUAUCAUUCCGAAUGUUCAUAAUGUAGCGUUACGCGUAGGAUCUGUGAUUAUCAGGGACAUUUGUAAUAUGUAGUUGGCUGAGCUGUAAAGCCAUCAUACGUGAUUAGAAUUUUGUUAGAUGUUUUGAUUGUAUACAUAAUCGAUAUGGAAUUAAUGAUAGGACUGACAAAGUGUGUAAAGAAAAAUCUGUUAGGUGUAACCAUUCGAAUAUUCACUGAUCAGACUAUGCAUUACACGAGAUUAGCAGAAGUUGGGAGAUUAGAAACACCUAAAAUUCAGGGUAAAUAUGACACUGGUCAGUUAUUUCUACAUCGAGUAUUUGGGUAUCGAGGUGUGGUCUUGUUUCCAUGGCUGGCAAGAGUCUAUGACAGGGAUAUACCUAACAAGAGAGAUAGCCCAGAUGAUGCAAACUAUAAUCAUGUGGGCAAGGAGGUGAAGGGACGGACACACACAUUCUAUCAGGUGUUGAUAGACUCCAGAGACUGUCCUUACAUUCGGGCUCAGACAGAAGCUGUGACAUUCCUUGGCAACCAGGAUAGCAGUCGCAGUUUAUACGCAAUCCCAGGUCUGGACUAUGUUGCUCAUGAGGACAUUUUUCCUUAUACUACAACAGAGAAGCAGCCUCUACAGCAUGAGCUGUUUGAUAAAUUUCUUAUGUAUUAUCCUGACAAAGACCCUCCAUUUGGGGCACAGGAAACAUUACGUGCUUGGCAAAAGAAGAAUCACCCAUGGCUUGAGCUAUCUGAUGUUCACAAAGAGACAACAGAGAAUGUUCGUGUUACAGUGAUUCCAUUCUACAUGGGUUGCCGGGAAUCACAGGCCACAUCUGUAUUCUGGUGGCGCUACUGCAUCCGACUAGAAAACUUGGGGGACCUGACAGUGCAGUUGAGGGAGAGACACUGGAGAAUAUUCAGUCUUUCUGGAACAUUAGAAACUGUGCGAGGUCGUGGGGUAGUCGGCCAAGAGCCUGUCCUGUCUAGCAGUUUACCUGCUUUCCAGUACAGUAGUCAUGUCAGCUUGCAAGCUCCCAGUGGACAUAUGUGGGGUACAUUUCGUAUGGAACGAGAGGAUGGCUACACAUUUGAUUGUCGGAUCCCACCUUUCUCCCUGGAGAGUAAAAGUGAAGAUCCUGGAGCUACAGCAGGGGUUAUUUGAGUCAGCUUGUAGUGCCAAUGACUCAGAAGAAAUGAUGUAAAAUAUGUAUAUUUAUUACUUUUUUAUAUGGUAUAAUCUGAGCUAAAAUUUUUAAAAAUAAAUUCCAUUUCAUAUUCCUUAUGUAUUUUAAAUUAUUCAUCUUCACAAAAUCCAAAGAUCUGUACAGUAAUUCAGUCAGAGCUGAUGCUAAUAAUAAAGAUGAAUGUCUGUCA